AUGGGGCGUAUUCAUUUAACGAAAUCAUUAUCGGAUUAUAAUAAUGAUGAUAAUAAUAAAACUUUAUUUAUAUUAAACAAUCAAGAUGAUGAAGAUGAUAGUACAACAAUUAAUGAUUAUGAUUUUAUAAAGUUACAACAAUUAUAUACACAACAACAAAAUUAUAAUAAUGAUAGUGGAAUAUUAUUAUCACGUAUUCAACAAAUACGUAACAGUGAUGAUAAUAAUAAACUGCUAGAAGAUGAAGAACAAAAACAAGAUGAAGAACGAAGAAAACAAAUAAUAGUAUACGUUGGUGAAUGUACACCAAAAACAUGUGGGGCAGAAGCUGCAUGUAUGAAUUUUCAAAAUAAUAGUUAUACAUGUAUAUGUCCACAUGAUUCAUCACAACCGACAAAGGAUUUUAAAUGCCCUAAUCGUCGUAUUGUACCAUUAACACCACAACCAAUACAUAAUAUAAUACCACCAAGUAGUAUACUUAUCAAUAAUAAUAAAAAUAUUAAUAAUAAUAAUACAACGAUAUCGACAUCGACGUCAACACUGAAUCUAAACAUAUCGACAGCAACACAUAAUUCAAUAUUAUUAUCCAACAAUCAUAAUAAACAGAACCAAACAUUUCAUAAAAAUAUAACAAUAUCACCAAUGAAUUUAAAGAAAAGUAUAUUAUUAGCUGAACGUUAUACACCGAAUCCACAAUAUUCACCCUGUACAACAACAAUACAAUCAUCAUGUACACCAAAUAUAUCAAUUAUACAACGUCAACAAUUAAAAUUUAUACAAGAGAUUGGAGAAGGAUGUUUUGGAAAAGUAUUUAAAGGGGAAUUAUAUAACAAUAAAAAUGAUGAUAAUGAGAACGAGAAUGACCAUAAUGAGAAUGAAAACAAUGAGGAUGUUGAAAUAGUUGCGAUAAAAGUAUUAAAACAAACAUCAAAUAUUGAAGCUGAAGAAGAUUUUAUGCGGGAAAUUGAUAUUAUGAGUACGUUUAGGCAUACAAACAUAUUGACAUUAAUUGGUAUUGUCUUAAAAGAUAUAAAUAAUAAUCCAUGGAUGAUCUUCGAAUAUAUGGAAUAUGGUGAUUUAGCAGAAGUAUUACGUACACAUUCUAAAUUAUCAUCAAAAUCAUUAAAUAAUUUAUUUCUGGAAGAUUUAAAUCAAUCACAUUUAUUAUCAGCUGCAUUACAAAUUGCAGAUGGUAUGCGUUAUUUAGCUGGACAACGUUUUGUACAUCGUGAUUUAGCAUGUCGUAAUUGUUUAGUGAAUUCACAUUUUAUUGUGAAAAUAGCUGAUUUUGGUAUGAGUCGUGAUGUUUAUACAUGUGAUUAUUACAAGAUUGGUGGUUCACGUUUGUUACCAAUACGUUGGAUGUCACCGGAAAGUGUUAUGUAUGGACGUUUUACUUUAGAAUCGGAUGUAUGGUCCUACGGGGUUGUUUUAUGGGAAAUCUUUUCAUAUGGUAAACAACCAUAUUAUGGACAUAACAACGAAGAAGUGAUAAAAUUAAUAUUACAUAAUAUUAUGUUAAUACCAUCAAACGAUUGUCCAACAUUUAUAUGUGAUUUAAUGAAAUUAUGUUGGAAAACUGAACCACGUGAUCGUAUUCGAUUUGUUGAUAUUUAUGAACAAUUAUAUCAAUAUAUAAAUACAGCAAAUAAUACAAGUUCUAGUAAUAGUAAUAGUAAUAGUAAUAGUAAUAGUAAUAUAUCGACUGGUAAUAGUACAACAUUACCUAGACCACCACCAAUAACCGAUGUUACGUCAAAUAUUCAUAUUGAUUUAUUGGACCAUGAUGGUUAUUUAAUGCCCCAACCAAUCAAUUGUAAUAUUAAUGCUGAUUACAUGCAAGCGUUACCCGAUUAAACAUAUUUUUUAAAUGUUAUUUGUAUUCGACUGCAAUAUGGAUCCAGAAAAUUUUCAAUAAUAUUUCUUUUGACGUGAAUACGUCUAUGUUUUCGUUUUAAUAGGGUAGUCAUUUCGUGAACAGGUCAUCUGUUGGUGCAUAAAUGAAUGAAGUUGGUAAGUAUGAGUAGUCUAUUAUAUCGACAACCACAUCUGUUGGUGUAUUAAGUGAAUGAAGUCGAUAAGUAUAAGUAUCCUCCUCUUAUAUAUAGACCGUCUAUAAUAGACGUAUACACGUAAAACUUACUCCUGUUUCAAGGCUACAGCCAACCAGAGAUUUUUUUUACAUAAAUUUCUUUAUAAACUUGAACUUUUUGUGGGUGUUUUGGGAAUGUUCGCGAUGUGUUGGUGGCUAAAAAUAUGCCGGUGGUUUCCAAUUCAAACAAAACUGUUAAUCACCAAAGAAAAAUAUUUUACAUAUUAAGUAAAUUUAAGGAUUGAUAAAAUUUAAAAGGAAUUCGGAGUAUAUGAAAUUAUUAUCCAAACUCAACACAAUGACUUUGAUGCGAGAAUUAAAAAAAAAAUGAAGAACCAUUAAUUACAUGGACUGAGCGUCAAGCGAUUUAAAAUGUGCCAAUAUCUGAGGUAAUUACUUGGGUUAAAUCCAUCAUGGCGGCGAUGUGGAAACAAAAUAUUGUUGUCAUAUUUGUCAUUGUAAAUUCGUAAGAAAAAAUG